CAACCAUCAUUUUCAACAUGCAGCUCUUUUCAUUCACCACUCUUGCCCCGGUUGCUGUUGCUGCCACUGCUGUUGUGCGCGCUGACGCUUAUGCAGAUGCCAUUUUUUGACAGGGCAUCACAACUACAGUACACGGGCGCACACGUAGCAGCAUUAACUUUGACUUUAACAUGGAUUAUCGGUUCACAAUACACACCUUCUGUAGAAGGGGAUCAGACACAUACAACAGUUUUUGCGCAGCGUCAUCUAUUUCACUACACCAGCCCAUAUAUUAUAUCUGCCGUCUACCACAGCCACGCUCAUUCGCACAUCACAAAAAAUAAUGUGUGUCUAGUAAACACUUGGUAAGAUAUCUGCAACUGGUCUCAUCAAUGUCAUGUCUGGGUAAUAAAAAUCGGGCUGGUUCCAUUCCAUAAGACCCGUAACUGUGGUAUAUACGGGGGCCCACAGAACAUUUGUUCAAUAUGAAUCCGGCUGGCGACACGCCUAAGACCUGAAAUCAGAGGCAGCGGAAUAGGAGAAGGGCGGGGUUUACCCAUAUACCUUCUCCAGAUUGCCAGCGUCUGGAUGGGCUCCUCACAAAAUCACAACAUGGGCAUGGCUAGAAAGAGUAGCGCAUGUACCAAACCCAAAGACAUGACAACUAGUUGCAAAUAUCUCUGAGCGUUCAACGACAUUUUGCACUCGAAGCUUUAUGAGCUUCAAACAGCUAUCAUUUGUGUGAUGAUUUUUAAAUGGCACUUUACUUUUAACUGUGCUAAUUUUUGUCUUUGCCGCUCAUCAUGGCAGAAAAUAAAACCACUGUACAU